UGAUCUAAACAUGCCGGAGGUGAAGUUUGUGUUUAACAACAGUGAACCGACUGGACAAUACAGAGAAUAGAAACGUAACUUUGUAUGAAGCUCUGAGGAAAAUCUCUUCAAACCAGAGAUCAAACUGUUAAAUUGUUAUUUUGGUUCCUUCAUAAUGUCUUCAUUGUUAACCUCAGUGUCAUAAAGAAGUCUGUAAGAAGAGGAUUUGGUAAAGAGUUCCUGUUGCAAUAUGUGAAGCUGCAGAGCAUCUUGGGUCUCUGCAAAGCUCCUCAGCAGAUAUCCACUGUCUCUGACAUCAGAACUCUGGUGCCAGGCCUCAAAACUCAUUACUUGUCCAACCCCAGCAGCCAUUGAAUGGAUACCAAAGAAAGCAGAUGCCAGUGUAAUUCCUGGAGUCCAGUCUGAGAUGAAACAGAACUGUGAAUCAGGAUCGCCUGCAGACUCCCCGUCACCGAUCCCUUUGAGUUGGGAGAUCAUGAUUAAUGUUGGUCUACCUGUUGAAUGGUUUUAUUCAACCACAGAGGGCAACAGACAGGCAGCAGUCUGAGGUGCAGGGUGGAAAAGCUGAAGCUUUGGAGAGGCUGGAUUAAGAUUCAAGAGAAGCUGCAGCAGGUUGCUGCUGAGCCACAGGUUUGGAUAACAGCAAUAAUGUGAGAGGAGGCAACAGAAGUUCACCUCAGGCCAGAAGGCAAAGCUACAAUAUUGUGGAAAACCUGAGCAAAUAAACCCUUCCUGACCUUAAUUAACCCCAUUACAUGACUGGGUCAAUCAUUGCAUGUUUUCACAAACUCUUAGUAAAAGUCAGUUCCCCCUUUUAAAUGAAAAUAAGCACAAAUAAACAAUAAUUACACAGAGGCUGAACACUUCAGAUGGUUAGUCACAUCCCUGGAAUAACUACUCUGGAUAAACCCCAAAGGAACCCACAGCUGAGAACCUCAGAACCUUUGAGUCAUGGGCACAUAAUGUGACAGGAGGAAUCAGUUGUGGCAUGGCUAUUUAUAGUCCAACUGUUUCUUCUAUUUGUCUGGAUUUCACUGAAGUAGCAGAGAGCAGAGAUGCUAACUUCAGCUUUAGGCAGAUGCAGAUGGUCCAGCUGUCUAACUUUGUUUAUGGAUAUAAUUAAACAAAUACAAUUAUCCUGAUGAUCACUAAUAAUGAUCAGAAUAACAAUCCUGAUCAUUAUUAGUGAUUAGGAUCAGCAAUGAUCAACAUCCUCAGCAACAUUGAUAAUGACGGCUACUGAACAAACUUGCUAUUUUCACUGAAACUGGAUUUGAUUGAGAGAAAUUUAGUUUUAAACUCUAACUUUUCUAACCUGCUGUAGCAGCUGGCUGUGCCACAAUGCUAAUGCUAGCUAACAUAAACAGGAACAAGUUCCAAGUUAUUCAGUUACAGCUGCUGUUUUAUCUUUUUCAUCAGUGAAAGUUUGAAGUUGCUCUGUCCUUCAGCUUCCUGGCCAAUCAAAUCAAACCAUGAAUCUUUAGCAGCUAAAAUCUAUUCAAGCUUUUUGACAUAAUAAAUUAAAAUCCAUCAGCAGCAGCAGCAGCAGCUCCUAAACAGACAUUAUUUGUCCAUUGGGUCUCUAAUCCUCAGUGGCUCAGACAGACAGCCUGCUUCUUUCAGACUCAUGCCCGCCUCCCUCUCCUUCCCUCUGGGGGCCGCGGCCCCUGAACCGGCCUAAAGCAGCAGCAGGAUGUUCGCAGGCUCAGCCUCUGUGCAAGGAAACAUGAGCAGGCGCAGAUAUUCAGAGUCCCGGGCCGCCGGAUAAAACCAGAGGAGGAGACGGCGGUCCGUGUGGUUGGAGCUCAGAAACUCAGGCGGGGAACAUGUGAGCGGGGCAUGGGCGGCUGGGAGCGGGAUUAUUGUUCAGCACAGCCGAGAGACGCAGGAGGGAGCCGGGGAAGGAGAGACGCGGGGACAGUUUUCCUCCACGAACCUUUUGGAUUCGAGCGCAGCAGAGAGAUCUGCGGACCGAGCAGCCAAAGAUGAACACCGUUGUGUUUAACAAGCUGAGCAGUCAGGUCCUGUUUGAGGAGAAGGCGAAGGAAGUGGAAAUGAGCAGCAGAAAUUACCUGGAGGUCAUCGACGGUCAACAUCCAGAUCUCCUCUGCAGCAGCCCGGCCAUCAGAGACAGCCAGGCGGCCAGACACAGGCGGAGCGGGGGUCGUCCCAGCGGCAGCAAAGUGCGACACAAGCGCCAGGCCCUGCAGGACAUGGCGCGGCCGCUCAAGCAGUGGCUCUACAAGCACAGAGACAACCCGUACCCGACCAAGACGGAGAAAAUCCUGCUGGCGCUCGGCUCGCAGAUGACUCUGGUCCAGGUGUCCAACUGGUUCGCCAACGCCAGGAGACGCCUGAAGAACACGGUGAGGCAGCCGGACCUGAGCUGGGCGCUCCGGAUCAAACUCUACAACAAAUACGUUCAGGGCAACGCAGAGAGGCUGAGCGUCAGCAGCGACGACAGCUGCUCCCAAGAUGGAGACAACCCUCAGAGGACACAGAGCGGUCCUGAGGAUCUCACCAAGCCCUUGUACCAGAGCGUCAUCAAGAAGGAAGGCUCCCCCAUGGUGGGCGUGGCCAUCGGCAUGGACCCAGGGCUGCGUUCUGCAGUGGAGGCCGAGGACUACGUGUCUCCACCCAAGUACAAGAGCAGCCUGCUGCACCGCUACCUGAACGACUCUCUGCGGCACGUGAUGGUGGCCAACGCUGUCAUGGACGCUCGCAAGAGGAACCACUCUGGCUCCUUCAGCUCCAACGAGUUCGAUGACGAGCUGCUGUCGCCAUCGUCCUCUGAAGCUGAGGCCCACUUCGUCUAUCGAGCCGAAGCCACAGACCAUGGAUCAAGUCAACAUGACAAGGGCAACGGUGACGUCCCAGCAACGCAGAAGGAGAAGGUGAAGGCCAAAGAUGAGACGUACUGGAAGGAGAUCAACGCUGCCAUGGCCUUGACCAACUUGGCUCAGGGGAAGGACAGCGUCUCCAGGACAACCAGCUGCAUCAUCCAGAAGUCCUCCCAUAUAGCUGAGGUGAAGACUGUUAAAAAACCUUCAGCUGCUGCUGCUGAAGUUUUAGCUCUGACGUUAUCCGUCUAUGCAAAGCAGCAAACGUUCCUCUCUCAGCAAACAGAGGCCAAAUAAACUCGCCCUGACAGAGGAACAACUUGUGCUGGAGGAAAUGUCAGUAUUUGCUCGUAUUGAAAAUGUCUACAGGAUUUCUUGACCAUCCUUUUCUUAAAAUUAGAAACUUUUGUAACUCUUUUUUUAUUACUCUUCUUUUAUUUCUAUUUUUACUGGUACAAAUUUUGUAUUCUCCAAAGUGCCUUUUUUGUUUUAGCAGAUCAGCUCUCUGAUUGUCCAGAUCUACAACAAACAGAACCCGAUUGCUAUAAAAUAAAAGUCAGCAUCAGUGAAGCUUCAUUGUAACCUUGACUUUGUUCCUUAGACCAGGUGGUUAUAUGAGCCACUAUAGCCUUAAGCAUAUAUGAUUGUUGCCUGGAUAUGUCAACUGGUUCUGUUUUGGAUCAAAACUCUUUUUUCCCCUCAUUCUUCCAGUAUAAACAAGUUCUGUUCAUGUGGGUCAGAUUGGACAGAAGUUCAGAAGUAUUGCCGUCUUAUAUUUUCUGACACUCAUACUGUUGUGAUCAGAGACCUCGAGAAAGAACUGUGCUGCACCGUUUUGCAGUUUCUGGUGUUGAAUGUUUCAAAGAGUUCCUGGUUGGGAAUGUGUUUUAACGAAACGAUGAAGGAAAGUCAAACUAAUGAGAGACAAAGUUACAUUAUUUCAUCUGGUGGGACAGUAGAAGAACCACAAUCUGUCUGUAUUAUUUUACAGCCAGUCAACAGAACCCUGUUAGGGUCGACAGUAUGGUAAAUAAGUCAGGGAGGAGGUGAAACGAGGACAAACAAUGAAGCUCAUUCCAAUCAUUUUGUAAAUCAAAAGGUUCUGUAUCAGUGAACCGAAGUCAUCGUCUGUGAUCCUGAACAGAACUGAUGCUUUAACAGGGAGAACCUUGUUCCCCCGACAACAGAGGAGUCAUUGUGGAUAUUGUAGCAUCACACAGUAAAUCAGGACACAUAGGGAUGAAACAGAAACAAGAUGACUUUGUUGUAUUUAUAUCAAAGCAAUGGAAGUGGUAACCAUCGGUUUUUAUUAUUUACUAAUAUAUUUGUUUAUUCAGAUGAAGACUGGAUGUUCAAUCCAAUGAUCAUGUAUGUAUCUCCUUGUGUUCUCAGAUUUUUUCUCAUGUAAAAUUUCUUUUAUAAAUUGCUGGUUUCUAACAAUGAAUAAACCUCUGA